ACGAAUCGAAACUCGCAGAGUCAAUUCAAAUGUGAGUCGUUUGCUUCUUGUUUAUCAUGUGAGGUCGUUUUUAUCACCAUCAUCAGUCGCGGUGAAACCUGAGUUCCUCAGGUUGUGGGCCCACGAUGACGGCUCCGGUGUAUCUCGUUGAUGGUUCUCCGAUUAGAGAUCCGCUCUUCACAGCUGUGAUCAGCGAACGGAUGCGUGUUCCGGAGCGGCUCAGAGUCACUCCGGCAGCGGCGGAGGACCUGAAAGCCAGGGCUGAAGAUCUGCCUCCUGCUUUCAGCAUGCACGUCCCUGACAGACUGGCAUUAACAGAUGCUCCUGACCUGAGUCCCCGGCCGCUCUUCUCCCAGCACAACGCUAGAGGUCACGCGUCUUCCAUGUGGAACCUGCAGCACAGACCCUGGGAUAGGGAAGCAUACGCGCGAGAGCACGCUCAGAGUCCACUACGGAGAUCGUAUAGCGACCAGACUUUUGGUAGGACCCCCUCUGGGAUGCCAACACACUCCAAACACACUCCUUCAGUCAGCCACAGUGCUGGAACGAUGCCCGCUGUACCCACAGACUCACCCCUGCCUGUACUCCAGGGGCUCGGUGCUAUUGCCCCCGUCCUCCUGACACCCCAGAGCGUUCUGCAGGCCGCCAGGAAGCUGGGCAAGCAGGCCUCACACAGAAUCCUCCAGACUGUCGCUCAAAAAUACUCCUCCAGGUUUGGUUUCCCAGAAAACCCUCCACCUCAACCAGUUGAGGAUCACGCUGAUCAGGCCUUGAAAAGUAGCACCACACAGGAGUUCUGGCGCAGUCCUGAGGAGGAGAGCGGAACUGCAGUCGAAUUAAUAGUGCUUCGACGACAGAUGAUGAAGAUGAACAGACGGAUAGCGAGUCUGGAGAAACAGAACGCUGAACACAGGCAGAGCGAACUGCUGCUCUUCUCCCUGCUCCUUUCUGCCGGUCUGAUCAACGGCUGGCUCUGGAUGCGCAGAUAAACCUGCAAAGCCCUCUGGGAGAUCAGGUCCUCUCCAGCAGCACUAACACCUGCUGUUUAAACUGUGCACUUACAUACAGCACUCAGCGUAGGAGCUCACUGUGAGACCGGAGGUAGGUUCGAAUCAGGAGUGUUGCGUAAGAGCGAGGUCAGGAAUUUGAGGAAGGUCACAAGAAUUCCCAGAACUCCACAGCACUGUGCUGAGAGUGAGGGGAAAGAAGUUUUCUCUUGUAUCCAGUGAGCUCUGAAGCAGUGUCUCCUGUUCUAAUGCUGUCUCAGGGAGUGAAUUUAGGUUUAGUUUUAUUUAGUUCAUAGUUUACUGACUGGGAAUAUAAAGCACAUUACAUGUUCUGUUUGGCAAUUAUUCCACGAUUGAGUGAGUGGAAUAAUUGUUUUAUUCUAUCCACAUUCACUAGAUUUUGAAAAAUGGAGCAUUUUUUAUUUUUGUGCAAAUUCGAUAAAUAACUUUAUCCAAAAUGUCUGACAAAAUCAUUUCCGCUUAGACAGACUUCUUUAAAAAAAUAAAAAACUAUCGAUGGCGGCACGAAUUGACUUUAGUGGGUUUUUUUGUUUGUUUUUGUAGAAAGUGCCGUUUUGCCGAGGUAUAGAACAGCUUUAGGCAUUUAUUUAAUUCUUCCUCGGACAUUUCCGUUCUGUAAUUUUCAAUCUUUUGAACCAGUCUAAAAAAAUUCAACAAGUUUUAAUGCUUAAAAGAUGAAAAAUGUGAUCAUUCUUGGGGGAAAAAAUGCUCUUACCAUCAAAUACUUUUGCUUUUUUGUUUUCUAGUAGAGUUUUUAUUUCAUCUUCGGUUGGUUCAGCAACACGCACCGCCAUUUUGUUUUUCUCUAGUCACGAGCUGAUAUCCUAGUAGUAGAGUAGCCAAUCAGAGUAUCCGAUUGCUCAUAUCUAGUGAAUGUGGACAGAAUAAUAUAAUAUAAUUUAGAUGUUUUAAUCAUUAAGGGCAUCGCGGUGUCAGAGUGAAAUUUUGGACUUUUAGCUCAUCGCUAACAUUCAAAAUUAAAACCGUUCCUUCCAUUUUUUUUUUCCCUUAACCCAGUGGUUGCUUCUCAUCUUUUUGUGCCUGGCUAUGAUGCCCAAAAAAACAUCGUAACCCCUUUCCUCUAUCUGGGCUACAGCAACACCGGUUCUCAGACCAGGUGAUGCUGUGAUGUAUAAUUUUUUUCCCACCUUUCCUUCCCCCCGUUUCAGCAUAACAACGUGAUAAAUGCUGACUGUAUAUAUUAAAAAAAAAAAAAAAUUAAAUACACGCACCACCCCCUCUUUCGAAUACAGAACAAUUUAAUCAGCUUUUAUCUUUAUAUAGAAGUGUGUCCAAAGAGACUGUUUUAUAAUAAAUCAUUGUUUUAAAUUUUCACCACCAGUUUGCACUGUUUUUAAACAGAUGAUUAACCGUAAUCUCAUCUACAAAAUCUCACUGCAUGAUGAUUUCAAACCAUAACACUCCAAACUAACCAAGGUAUGCUCUGGGGUUUGAUGCUGAAUUAUUAUUUUUUUUUAUUGUUGUAAAAAUGUAAAAACUUUGCAAACCAAAACAAGACAAUUUUCACUUUCUUUGAAGAUGCGCUUUAUUUCUAUAAUGUAUGAAUUUUAACGUUUUAAUUAACUGACCCUGUGUAUGUUAUUUAAAUGAAGUAAACACGAUACGAUAGUGUACCGGCUGUUUCACUGAUGUUCCAGACAAACACAAGGAAACACAACUGAUUGCUCAGUAUAGUUAUUUAUUGAAAAAAUUAAAUUAAAUUUCAUUAAGAAAAAAAUAUAUGUAAAAUGUUAUUUGGAACAUGUUCUGAAGUAUAAACCAGAUAAUAAAAGGUCAAAAUUGCAAAUGAAAAACAAACAGAAUGAGAUGAAUUUUGUAAAAAAACAAGAUAUUGGAUGAAAGAAUACGUUUCAAUUACAAACAAACGAUUGUACACAGUAAUAAAUGUCGUCAAGCAGCAACUACACACUUUUUUGUGACAAAACCAAUACUCAGGAAGUCAAAGAAAAGCAUUCCUCGCUUGGAGGAGGGGAGAAAAACUAUUCAUCACUGGCCCAAAGUGAGAGAUACUGUACAUAAGGCAAGACAAAACCUUUCGUAGAUCGUCCUGAGCUGGACUACAACACAUUCUUGUUUUGUUUUUUUAGCAAAAGUAGCAAGACCAUCAAGACUGAUAGAACACUGAGUGAACUUUAGGUGGGACCGUCAGGAAAUGAUGCAACGACACGAAUAAUCAGUGAACGUUUGCACUUUGCAGAACCUCAGCCGUUUGCAGCGCUAGCAGCUAUUAUAAAGGUUACAUAAUUUACCACAGGCAUCUUGGAUGGACAUUUUAAACAAGAAAGUCUUGAAUUCGAUUCCGAUUUUUCCAGAAACGCUUGCAGAAACGACGGCGGCGGCCCCGGAUCCCACCCAAACCUCAAAUCAACAGCCGUUAGGUCUAUUGUCCGUGCCCAAACAUUAGCUAGAGGUGUUGUACUGAAUUACUGGAGACGUUUGCGUGUACAAGCUGGCACGUUUCAUUUUGACAGUGGUCGGGUAUAAUCGUGCUGGAAUGAUUAUUUAUAACCUCGUUAAGAGAGAACUUAAACAUGUGGCUCAAAUGACUGAGUAAACGUACGGAUUUAAAAAAAAAAAAAAAAAA